AUGGAUCAGGUGUCGCCGACGACAGCCAUGAUAAAAGGCGUGCGAGAGCUCGCACCUUUGCGCUCUCACGUUUGUCUGCCGGGUGAUCCCGUACUGUUGUUGGAUCCAACAGCGGUCGUAACGCUUGGGAACGGUCUCCGCCCCUUGCCGCAUGCUCCACCACAUGGCAACACAACUAGCGGCUCUGCUGGAGGAGGAAACACCGUUGUGGUUGCAGAGCUCUGUGGGCCGGUAGAGUGCAGCGUGGAAUCAAACCACGUACGGCGGUACACGCUUGACGCGCCCGCAGCUCGCCGAUACAUGUACAGUCCGAGGGAUCCCGUGGUGGCGAUUGUGGUAAGGAAGACGAGUAGUUACUACUAUUGCUACACUGGUGCAGCGAUGCUGGCGGUGCUUGAUGUGCUGGGCUUUGACGGGGCCACCAAGUCGAGCCGGCCACGGCUGCAGGAAGGAGACGUCGUCUAUGCAUUUGUGAAGCCGAAGCCAAGUGGUGCGCAGCCUGCUAGCGGUGACGCCUGUGUGGAAAGUGCAGGAGAUGAAGUAGAGCUGAGUUGCAUGGCUGGCGAUGUUGGUCUUGUCGCAAAGGACUGGACGUCCGCAGAGGCGGUGUUUGGACCACUUACAGAUGGCACUGUUGUGCGCGUCCCGAUUUCUUACGCGCGAAGUCUUCUUGCGAGCGACGGCGCAUCACGCCUUCUGUCGCUCUUAGGGGAACGGGUGCCAUUUGAAGUGUGCGUCGGGGUGAAUGGGUUUGUGUGGGUGCGGGGGCAGACAAGCGACGUUGACGCAGCAGCAGCGGCCCGGCGAACAGUUGCGGUAGCCUCGUGUAUUGUGGAGUCCCAGGACGACGCGACGCCAGAAGAGAUGGAGAGUCGCGUGAAGAGCUAUUUUCCAAGCGCGUAA